AUGUCUCGCAACUCAAAAUCUUCUCGUCAUCAAUCAAGAAGCACCGAGGGCAAUCCCGAGGAUAUGGUUGAGCAAGUCAAGGGCAUUAUCACUUUACUGAACGAAGUUGUCUCCUCUAGACCCCAUGAAUGUGAAACAUAUAUUCCCUCUGCUCGCUCAGCUGUCACUGCUCUUGAACAUAUUCGCUUUUUUCGCGACCCAGCACGCUUUGCUGAGCAGGUCUGGAUCAUCCAGGGACUUCAAGGCUUUGCUUUCUACGACGCAGAUAAUGGAAGUGUUGUAGAUAUUGCAGACUUCUGCCAGAAUGCAUGGCUGAGAGUUUUGAGAAACUAUCCGGAUAAUGUCGACGUUUUGACAGGGCUGGGUAAGAAUUGGCUCCAGAGAUCUCAAGUGACUCUAGCCCGCAUUCAUUACGAAGAAGGAAAUGAUACCACAGCACCGCCCAAUGACCCCCGUAGACAAAGUCCCCUCUAUGUCGAAGCUCGAGGUUAUCUACAACCAGCUGUGGAUUUCUUCACUCGGGCCAUUAGAGCCGCUGAUGGUCUUGGAUAUACUACUGGUGACCUAUUGGCUUCAGCUGCAGAAUCAAAUAUGAGUCUAGGCAACGUAUCUGCAUCUCCAGCAGAUGAACAUGCUUUCACGCAAGCAAUUCGAUAUUUGCGUCGUGCAGAAACAACACAGGGGUAUCAGUUAUCGGAGCACAUGCAACAAUAUCUUGAUGAUUAUGGAAGAUAUGUUUCUUAG